AUGAAGGCUCAUUUAGAAGCACAAGGAGAAGAAAUAUGGGAUCCUGUCCAAAAUGGUCCUUUUGUUCCUACAACGGUUGUUAACGGCGUUGGUUCAUCAAAGCCUAAAACUUCAUGGGAUGAUGAUGAUAAGAAGAAGGUCCUCUAUGAUAAAAAGGCAAUAAAUCUUCUCCAAAGUGCACUCAUCAUGGAUGAAUUCUUUCGCAUUUCGGCAUGCACAAUGGCAAAACAAAUAUGGGAUACCUUGGUAGAAACUCAUGAAGGAACUGCCGAAGUUAAAAGAUCAAGAUUAAAUACCUUGAGUCAAGAAUACGAGUUGUUCAGAAUGCAGCCCGGAGAAUCCAUCCUUGACUUGCAGAAAAUAUUUGUGCACUUGACAAAUCAUUUAAAAGCUCUAGGUAAGACUUUAAGUAAUGAUGAAUUGAAUCUUAAAGUGCUUAGAUCUUUAACCAGGGAAUGGCAACCAAAAGUGACGGCAAUAUCAGAAGAGAAAAGUCUAUCCAUAAUGACUUCCGCUACAUUGUUUGGAAAACUUCAAGAAUAUGAGACGGAACUUGGAAGACUUGAAAAACAUGAGAAUACAAAUAAGAAGUCCAAAAGCAUCGCUCUGAAAGUUGACUCCAAAGAUGUUGAGAAAGAAGACAAUCCGGAGGAGGAUGAAAACUUCUUGUUACUUGUUAAAAGGCUAGGCAAAAUUUUCGGUAAGAAUGACAAACCUUCCUUCUAUGCGAAAAGAAAGAAACACUUCAAGAAAAGAGAAGCUUCCACUUCAAUGCAAGAGGUAACGUGUUAUGAAUGUGGUAAGCAAGGCCACAUAAAACUAGAUUGUCCACAACUUCCUAAGAAAAGUGGAUUCAAAAGCAAGAAGGAGAACAAGUACAAAAAGGCUUAUGUCGCAUGGGAAGAUAACGAAAUAAGCUCGUCAUCCGACUCGGAUAGUGAUGAAAGUGCAAACCUAUCAUUAAUGGCCUCACACCAUUCCGAUGAUGAAGUAAAUGAGGUUAGUAAUGAUUUUUCUCUUUUUGAUAAUGAUGUGCAAGGUGCCAUAGAUGAAUUAUUAAAUGAAUGCAAAAUUUUGUAUAAAACUAUAUCAUCUCAAAAGAAACAAAUCUGA